UGGCUGCUCGGGAGCGCGCCCCGAGGGCCCCGCCCAUCUCCGUCCAACCGGCAGGCUCCGUCCAGCCGGCCACCAGCACAAGCGGGCUCAUCCAAGCAAGAAGACCUGUUUGAGAUGUGGUGGUUUCAGCAAGGCCUCAGUUUCCUUCCUUCAGCCCUUGUGAUUUGGACGGCUGCUGCUUUCAUAUUUUCAUACAUUACUGCCAUAACUCUCCACCAUGUUGACCCUGUUUUGCCUUAUAUCAGCGACACUGGUACAGUAGCUCCAGAAAAAUGCUUGUUUGGGGCCAUGUUAAAUAUCGCCGCAGUUUUAUGCAUUGCUACCAUUUAUGUUCGUUAUAAGCAAGUUCAUGCUCUGAAUCCUGAAGAGAAUCGUAUCAUCAGAUUAAACAAGGCUGGCCUUGUGCUUGGAUUACUGAGUUGUUUAGGACUUUCUAUUGUGGCAAACUUCCAGAAAACAACGUUUUUUGCUGUACAUGUAUGUGGAGCUGUGCUCACCUUUGGUAUGGGCUCAUUAUAUAUGUUUGUUCAGACCAUCCUUUCCUACCAAAUGCAGCCCAAAAUUCAUGGCAAACAAGUCUUCUGGGUCAGACUGCUGCUGGUUAUCUGGUGUGGAGUAAGUGCAUUUAGCAUGCUGACUUGCUCAUCACUUUUGUACCAUGGCACUUUUGGCACUGAUAUAGUAGAAAAACUCCAUUGGAACCCAAAGGACAAAGGUUAUGUGCUUCAUGUGAUCACUACUGCAGCAGAAUGGUCUAUGUCAUUUUCCUUCUUUGGUUUUUUCCUGACUUAUAUCCGUGAUUUUCAGAAAAUUUCUUUACGGGUGGAAGCCAAUUUACAUGGACUAACCCUCUAUGACACUGCUCCUUGCCCUGUUAACAAUGAACGAACACGGCUACUUUCCAGAGAUUUAUGAUGAAAGGAUAAACUAUUUCUGUGAUGAUUAUGAUUCUCAGGGAUUGGGAAAAUGUUCUUCCAAGUUACUUAUUCUGCUUUGAAAUUUUCAACCAAUUAAUCAAGACUGACAGCGACAUUGAAGAAUACUGAUAAUCAAGAGACAUGAGUUAAGCCAUUUGAUACGUUAUUUUAAAAGAUAUCGUCAAGAGGAUCACGUAAAAACAUUUAUGCCUAUACUUUUUUUACCCCAGAAAAUAAAACCAAAGGACUACAGCAUUGUAGAUUUUUUCUACUUGAUUUAAGAGAAACAACCAGAAGUGCACCAAGCAGUCUGCAAAACCCAGCUGUUCACACCUUGUAAAUCAAUGUAAAGCGUGUUUUGUUUGGAGCACUUUUAUGAGAAACAUUUUCCACAACCUCAAAUAAUCAGCAUAUCUCAGCAGCUCCUUUAGAAUUGGGUUUUGAAGUAAUAGUUUUACCAGAUUAAUAUAUUUCUUAUAGUCUUUAUAAAAUCUGUUUCUUCUGGAAUCUGUCUAUAGAGGGAAGCAGACCUGAAUUCAUGGGAGUGGUUUCGUUGCUUAACCUUUGCACAAGAGAUUCUAAAGGUAUUAAUUUGAUUCCUGCCACAAGGCCAGAUAAUAUGCUAACUGGUCUAUUAUACAUGCUUGAAAUCAUUUCAUCAAGCUUAUUCUCUGUAAUUUUAAUCACUAAUGAAUAAGAGAAGUAGCUAUAGGUAGAUUUACUUCAAUUGUGUUUUAUAUAAAAUGAGGGUUAGUGUUCAUACACAAGGCUGAUAAGUUUGUGAAUAAAAGCAGAUAUGAUUAAUAUCAAAUAAAAGCCACCCUAAUCUGCA